UGAUCACCAUGUUAGUAACUUGUACCAGAAAUGAGAGAGUUUUCAUUUGUUUCUUUCAAAUUCUUUGCCAUUUUUGGAGACUCUGAUGGGUAGGACUGGAAGAGUGCUUACUUUGUAAGUUCUACAUGCCAGUGGAUAUUUUAACAUUUAAGAGAAAAGUUUUUUUACACAGACGUUUACAGACACAAGCAAGCAUUAAUUAUUUAGGCCAAGCACACAUCUGGAUUUUUAUUUUUUUACAUAAACCAGGAUUUCAGGAUUAUAUCCAACUUUAAGCAUGCAGCAUACAGUGUGGCCAAGCGAGGCCCUGAGGAGAGAGGAGAGAAGGGCUGAAGCCAGGCUGGCUCAUAAGUUCCAAAGUCUUGAUGAGGUCAAACGCUAUCAUCUGAACAUUCUGACUCGAGAGCAGCAUGCACUACACCGUCAUCUCAUCACUCUUAAGACAGGGAACCAGUGGAGAGGCUUAAACCCUGUGGGAUCCCGAACCUCUGAUCAGGAUCCUGGGCACUCUGCUGUGUCCUAUAACAAGACUCGAUUACCCAUAAUCCAGGCACCUAACAAGCAUAGGUCUGGAAAGCCGCAGUCCAUCUGUUCUCUGCAGGCUCGUGUUCAGGACUUUCUCAAUAAUGGUGAAAACAGGGCUGAUAACGCUACAGUGCCUGUAUGUCUGCCAGACCUCAAAUCACAGCCCCGAAGCAUGCUUCCUCCAGCCACUACAGAGAGAGAGAACAAGAAGGAAGAUAGAGAUAGACAGAAUAAGAAACACAGGGCUGGAGGGAGGGAGGGACGAAGGACAGCAGUGGAAGAACAAGGAUUUCGUUCAGAUGAUAGUCAAAAAGAAAAAGAUCAGAUAGAAAGAAAAGAAGAAAUGAAUGCAACAAUAUCCUACUCUUCUCCUCUUUCUCCACUCACUGACCUCCACGGACCUGAUGGUCAGUUAAGGAUGGUUCACACUCUGCCUAAUUUUGUUCAGGCACUCGCGGAGGCACGCAAAGCCCGAUACAUACGCCACAGAGGACAGCCUUUGUGUGACAGAGAGUUGAGCAUCAGAGAGAUAUUCUCAAAUAACUCCAAAGACACACAUAUUGCUCACUAACACACUCCUGCAUACUUCACCUGAAACCUGUGAAAAACUGCUUUUUGUAUUUUAGCCAAAAUAUAUUGGAUUUCUUUAUGGAUCUCAGUCAAAUGCCCUCAAGGUCAAAAAGGUCAUGUAUACCUAGACAUUUAAUAAAGUCCAGGGAAUACAUUAUUCCCAUUUAUGUAACAGGUUACACUACUACAUUAGGUCUAAUCUCAAAAAAUGUUGCAAAAUCUGUAACCUAAAAAUACCAUCAGUAUUAAAACACAUCCAGUUCUGCUCACUGCAGGUUUUUUUUCCAUUUUAAACUCCUUUUGUAAUGUAUGAGUGCUGCAAUUGUGCUUAUUUACUUUGCUUGUAGAAUACCUUACCAGAUUAAAUACAACAGGUUUAAAACAUUGUGUAAACAAUUGGUACUGGGCAGAUUGUGACAACAAAAAAUUAACUCUGGAGCAGAAUUAUGGCAUCUAAUGUUGAAUAUGGGCUCCAGGCAUCAGGCUUCAUUAACAGCAUUGCAUAUUGCUGUACUUCCUCCAUGUAUGUGCAUUUUUUUUCCAACUUUGAUGUAC